UGAAGGAUGGAAACGGGGGAAGGGUGAUUCCCCACCACCACCACCAGAAAACUACGCUUCCCAGCGUGCUGAGGCUUGUCGAGUGUGUGACGUCGCUCCGCCUGUCAGAGUUGGAUUUUCGCGCGAAAAAAAAUAGAAAGGUUUGCAAAGCGGCAGAGAGAGAGAGAGAGAGAGACAGCGAUAUCGACGUUGCAGGGGCUCGUGCAGGUAACUGUCGCGUGCAGGCCGCUGAAGGAACCUUCGCAACGAGGGGGGGAGGGGCGGGGUAAAGUUUUGGCGGGAAUUCACUGGGCAGCGCGAGACGGAGAGUGGGCCCCCCCUUUCGCGAGGGGGGGAAUGGCGGGAAUGUGGCAACCCCUCCCCCCACCCCAGUUCUCCAAGGAGGCGCCCCCUCACCUGCCCCUUUUUUCUUCUUACUCUUCUUCCCAAGGACCCAAGAGGCCGUCGGGUAUUAUUCUCUUUGGCUCCCAUCACCCCCACCAUCACCUCCGCUGGAGGUGGCCUCCUCUGCUCCUCUCAGUGGAUGGGGUUCUUUAAACGAAAAACGGUUUAUUCGUUCGUUGUUUGUCUCAUUCGCCGUUAUGAGGGCGGCGUUUUUCUAUCUCUCCCCCCCCCCGCACGCCUUUCUUCAACAGAAGGUGUGGCGACGUUUUUUCAUACAAAAUGAAGGGGCGCAGGCAGAGAUACUAUUGUGCCGACAAGGGCCAACCAGCCUGUUCCUGGUGAAAGAAACAAAUCCUGCCACAUCCGGAGUUCUGUUUCUUGGUCAUUUAAAAUGUGGCAGGACACGGGAAACUAGAUAAAACUGUGGGGCACUUGAGCGUCACCAUGGACGCCUGUUUGGGUGCUGAGGUUCCUGCGCUUUCAAAAGUUAGGAAGCAGAGGAAAGCCUCUCCUGCUGAAGUUUCUCCUUUUCCACAACUUUUAAAGGCACAGGGACCCUGUCCCUGCUUUCUAUCAGGCAACAUAUGUAGCAGCUGCAAGGAAUUUUGCCUACUGUGUAUUUGUAAGUCGAUUAAUCUUAAGAGGUCUAGCACUUCUCUGCUAUGCAGCUGAAGCACAAGGAUGUUCCUCUAGACCCUGAAAAAGACAUGGCACCAGAUAAUGUAGCUUCUCCACUGUACCUUUUGCUUCACAGAUCUUUCCUUUUUUUAGGUUGCAUGCUCUUGGCUGUGUAGUGCCACAGGAAGCGUUUCAACAUAAUUUCUUUUUUUAAAAAGAAAGCCUUAAUUCCACACACAUAUAUUCAGCAGCUGCCAUCCCCUUCUAUCCUGUCUUGUGGCACAUAGUACUAUGAGGGAUUUACAGGGGGACUGCACCCACACCCACACCCACACCAAAUUGUAGUUGAGGUGUUUUAUGCACAGUUGAGUAAAACAGUUCUAAUCCAUGUUAGUGACGGGGGAUAUAAAAUCAUUAGCUAGUACAGUAGUCUUGAUUAGUUCACAAUAUACAUGUAAGAUUAUGUAUAGAAGGGUGCACAAGUUAGCUGCAUUUUUUUUCCACCACCCUUUCCUAUUUAAAUUCAUUUUAGUCUCAAGGACAACUGGGGCCAAGUGACACUACAGGAAGUGCUCUCCUUCUUUUUCCUAAGGUGCCUCUGUCAGUCCCUCGCCAACUCCAUCCUCUUUUUUUGUACCUAGCGAAAGGGUUGUGGAGGCUCACAGCACUGUCUCUCAGCUGACUAGGAGGGAACUGUAACUGUGGAGACACUGUAUUGUGAACCAGACAGCUGUGUCUCAUAAGACUAGCUAUUCAUACUACACUUUUGGGUUUCCUCCACAGUACAAGUAUGUGCCGUAUGUGUGAAUGUUUGAGGUGUCGUGUAUACUCCGUAGCAUGCUCCCACUGUCGUGCCUUUAAAUAUAUAUAUAUAUUCAUUCAUUUCUAAUUGUCAUAUCACAAUGACUUGGAAUGGAUAUCAACACUUAAAGCAAGAUCAUGAAAAAUAUGAAGUACUGCAUCUUGAGAUGGAUUAAUAUUUAUACUUUAUUUGCCUGAGCUUUAAAAUCAACCCAGAUGAGGUCUUGCCAUACUUCUGGGAGUAGUUCAGGCUCGAACUAACGCAUGACUUGUUUGUUCAUCUGCUUCCUCUUUUCAUUUUUAUCAGCUAUAGCCCAUGAGAGGAUAGAAUCUAACAACCUGUUCCAUGAACCCCACUUGUGCUCUCUUUGCCUUGUGGAAGUGGCCAGUCGAGUUGUUAUUCUGACAGCAGGUUCAGUACUACCCUUAUGCAAAGCUGCACAAUGCAAAGCACUAUAAGGUAAGCAUCACCUUGGAAUGUGGGAAUGAGGAGAACUUUCCCCCCCCAAAUGUUCAAACAUAGAAAUUGGCAACUUGGGGAAAUGUUUCCUUGUCAAAUAUUUUUUGCUGGGCUGAACAGUGUGAUCGUUCUUUGUCAGCCUUUUCAGACCCAGUACCCGCUUUUAACCCAGACAUGCAUUUGGGGACCCACUUCUUAAUCUUUUACCAUACAUUUGCACGGUGGUAGUUUUCCUGUAGCAACCCACUUUGGAUCAGGCCACAACCCACUAGUGGGUUCCAACCCACCAGUACUGUGUGCAUGGUUCUCAUUCUCCCUAUUUUUAUCCUCACAACAACCCUGUGCGGUAGGUCAGGCUGAGAGAGACUAGUUGGCCCAAGGUCACUUAGCAAGCUUCAUGACUGCAUAGGAGGACUUGAACCCUACUCUCCUAGUUCCUAGUCUGCCCCUCUAACCACUCCACCAGCACUGACUUGCCAUGUAUCAUCAUGCGUACUAUUUCUACCUAAGAUACCCGUGUAAUAAUAUGUGACUCUAUUGGGUAUUGGGGGGAGCUGUUGGCUUUUCGAACAGCCAGAAGUACUGAUAACUUCAGUCCUGUUGUUGAAAGAAGUAGGUGAACUCUGCUGCCAGGAGUAGAGGAAGAUAACAGACAUAACCAUAUUUAUUUGUAUCUGGGCAGAUCAUUCUUCCAGCCCCUGGCACAAACAAAGCCUGGAAAAGAAGCAGCAGAGAAGAAUCACCUGGAAGAGGAGCCUGCCCCCAAAAGGUAAGUCACAUUGGGGUAUGCACUGUAUAUGGACAAAACUGUACACUACUCCCCCUUUUUAAUGCAGUUUGAAACUCUCAGGAUGCAAAAUUUUCAUAGAAUAACAGAUUCCACACAUGCACAAUAAAAUCUGCUGAAGACCAGUGCUUUUAAGUAAGAGUCUUUUGGUUUUACUCUUACAAUGCAGUGGUACUUUGGUUCUCAAACUUAAUCCAUUCCAGAAGUCUGUUCCAAAACCAAAGCAUUCCAAAACCAAGGUGUGCUUUCCCAUAGAAAGUAAUACAAAACAGAUCAAUCCGUUCCAGACUUUAAAAAACAACCUCUAAAACAGCAAUUUAACAUGAAUUUUACUAUAUAACGAGACCAUUGAUCCAUAAAAUGAAAGCAAUAAUCAAUAUACUGUACUAAAAAAUAAAUAAGACAGUAUUGUAGAUGAUAAAAAUAAAAAUUAAUUUUUUUCUUACCUGCACUGAUGAUAGUCAUUGUUUGAAUGGGGGGCUUUUAUCCAUUUCCGCAGUCACACAAUCCAUCAGUAGCUGAACUGGGUUCCACACAGUCACAAAAACAAGUGAACUGAAAAAGCCUCAAAAACAAAAAUGCAAAAUAAAAAGCAAAAACAAAAGCGCCAAACUUAAUCUAUUCCGGAAGUCCGUUUGAUUUCUGAAAUGUUCGAAAACUAAGGCACAGCUUCUGAUUGGUGCAGGUGCCCUGGAAACAAUAGCUGACAGCCGGGUUUUCGGCGUUUAAGAACCAAGGCACCACUGUAUUUUCUCAAAAUAUUUAAAAUGCAUUUAAUGAUAUUAGAUAAAUACACGUGAAGAAGUACAAAUUAGGAACAGUGUUAAUGUAAAACAAUUUUAUACUUCCAAGCAGCACUUUUCAAUUCUACCACAUGUUUCUCUCUCAGAAGCAAAGAAGCUUUAAUUACUGUUAUUACAUUUAUAUCCCACUUUUUAGGAUAACAGAUUUCUUGUUGAAGCUAAAAAUGAAAUUUAAAGGAAAACCAAAAAUACUGUUCAGCAAUCCAAUAUGGUCAUUAUCUGUUUAAAUAUGAAAUAUAUUUUUAUUUUUAUUUUUGUUAUAAUUAUGUCAUUGGUUGUAUUACUAUUAUUAUAGAGUGGGAGCAUUUAUUAUUCCAACACUGAAAAGAGUUGACCCUCUUAGAAGGUUGGUAAGGAACUGUAUCAUGUGAUGGACAAGAGCAUUCCAAAGCAGUUAGAAUCGGUUAGGAGAAAGCUGCAAUCCAAUAAACUCUUGCCCAUCCAUAGGGCUUAAUUCUGAGUAGACAAGUGUAGUCCAAGUAGCAUGAAACAAAACAGGAGAAUAUGGAAAGAGAGACUUCACAGGUGUUUUAGUGUCAGGAUUUAAUGUAACUAUUAACAUGAACAAGUUCGUUUGAUCUUUUACUUAUUGUUUGCUUUUUCACUUUUUAUGUAUAAGUUCCUUGACACUGAUAUAAGAAUCAGAGACCCAGGGUGUACAUUUUGAUUUAAUUAUGUUUCAAAUACUAAUGACAUCUAAUGUAUAGAAAGAUAGAAUGCAUCACUGAAUAGUUUUUAUGUGUGGUUCCUGUGUGCCUACAUUUUAUAACCCCUGUUGCUCUCUAGGCCAUAAACAAGAAACCCUAUCUAACCUUGUAAGUUGCACAAAUGGUUAUGUUCUAGUUAACAUCAGAGUGUAAAUCCAAACAUCUCCAUGAAGCUUCCUGAAAUGUCCUAGGGACAAGGGAAGUGAGAUAGGGACUGGAAUGCAAACAACCCUUCUGAAGGCCUGGUUAACAAGGAAAUGGUGAUAGAAAUGCAACAUUUGAGACCAAAUAGCCAGGACACUCUUGGGGUAUCUCAAGGUGAUUGCGGGGGUGAAUAUAUAGAACCAGUGUGAGAACCAGUGUGGUGUAGUGGUUAAGAGUGGUAGUCACGUAAUCUGGGGAACCGGGUUCGCGUCUCCACUCCUCCACAUGCAGCUGCUGGGUGACCUUGGGCCAGUCACACUUCUUUGAAGUCUCUCAGCCCCACUCACCUCACAGAGUGUUUGUUGUGGGGGAGGAAGGGAAAGGAGAAUGUUAGCCGCUUUGAGACUCCUUAAAGGGAGUGAAAGGCAGGAUAUCAAAUCCAAACUCUUCUUCAACCAUAUAUGUUUUACUUGUCGUGUAACCUUUCUUGAUGUAUGUAGAAGGAUGUUUAUGUUUUGAGAAUGCUUAGGUGUUUUAUGACUCUUUGUGUGCUGUGCCUAUAAAACCCUUGUUUUAAUUCUUCUUAAGUGGUGGUUUGACUAGAAUAGCCACAUUAAGUUGGUCCUUUUGCAAUAGUAUCUAAUGAACUCCAAGUCCCUAACUGGAUCUGCUGAAUCUUGCUGUAAUUCUCUUGGUUCCGUGUUUUAUUUUAAAGCUGUCCCCUCACCUGGGUAACAAGUGGUGUAAAAGUAAAUUCUUUCCACACCAUCAAUUCUUUUUACCUCUUCACAGUGUGCCUGAAGUGUAAUUGCUACCUAAACCUCUCAGCUAGAACAUUUGCUCCUGCCCUUUGCUGAUGGCACAUAAACUAGAAUGGAUUUUGAAAUGAAUCCAGCUCAAAGAGUCCACAUUAGGGAUGGAUGAUGGGCUUGUGCAUACAUGGGAGAGCCUGUAUGGUAUAGAGGUUAGAGUUUUGGAUUAGGACUGUAGAGAUCCAAAUUCAGGUGCCCAUUCAGCCAUAAAGGUCACUUCAUGAACUUUGGCCAGUAAUUAUCUCUCAGCCUAACCUACCUUAUAGGGCGGUUGUGAGUAUAAAAUGAUUGAGGAAGACUAUGUUUGCCAACUUGUGGUCUUUGGAGGAAAGUUGGGGUUAAUAAUAAUAAUAAUAAGUCCAGUUGUUCUGUUUCUAAGCAUUCUGUCUCUUUUCAGGAAACUUGUAGAUUCUGAACCACAGGUAAAUGGUACAACACACCAUGCAAAUUCCUCAGUGAAUACUGCAGCCCAAAAAACCACCUCCGUUAUUAAAAGUGAAGCGGAUUCUGGAAAACCAAAACAAAAGGAUACAGAGGCAGAUAAUAACAAGCAGGUAGGCCCCCUUUCUGACAUUCCCUGAUCUUUGAAUAACUAUUCAUGCAGAAAUCAAUCCAUCUCUGAAAGCUGUAGUUCAGGUCUUGCAGCCCUGGUCUUUUGGGUGUAAUUUCAGUUUCCAGCAACUUAGUGUAUUUAGGGUGCCCUGGUUCAUCACUAUGUAUAAAGACUGCUACACACCCCUUUUACCCUCAAAACCACAUCCUUUGUAGUGCCUCUUUCAUUUCAACAUUAAAUUGAUUCUCAGGUAGUUUUCUUGUCCUGCCCAGCCCCAAGAAUGCAACACCUUUAUUUGGAGUUAUUUCUGCUGCCGACACCUUUUUACUGUGCAGUUCUGCCAUUUUAGGUUUCUGACUGUGUUCCUGAGCAAAAGAUUCCUGCGCAGAGCACCUCACAAAGCACCAGCCCAGCUACCUCUAAUUCGCCCUCACCCACCUACAUUCCCCGGCGCAGAACAGGUAGGUACCCAGCCAUUUGGUCAUCAAGAGCAUCCAUAAAAUCUUAGGUUUUUUCUUCUUCUGUACAUGAUACCCUGUUUCCCCAAAAAUAAGACAGUGUCUUAUAUUAAUUUUUGCUCCCAAAGAUGCACUAGGUCUUAUUUUCAGGGGAUGUCUUAUUUUUCCAUGAAAAAGAAUACGGUACACAUUUAUUGUUGAACAAAAAAAAGGGAAAUUUAUUACCUGUAUACGGUACAACGCCUUACGGUAGCUUCGGGGGCCUUAUAUUCCGGAGUGGCCUUAUUAUCGGGGAGGCCUUAUAUUUGGGGGAGGCCUUAUAUUACAGUGAGAGGCAAAACUGGAAGUAGGUCUUAUUUUCGGGGGAUGUCUUACUUUCGGGGAAACAGGGUAGUAUAGUGGAAUAUUGGCCUGGCUCUUAUCUUACAACUUUCACCUCUCUGCUAUAAGACUUCUUUAGUGGCAUUUGUUUUGAAAUUAUUCUUUAAACACAUAAGAAAGUAAGUUUCUUUGAAGUUAGAGAGGUUUAGUUCUAAGUAAGCAUGCACUGUUUAGAAUAUGGGCUUAUUGAUAAAAGAACUUCUAGUUCUUUUAGCUGCUUGGAAAGACUGUUACAUACAUGCACAUCACAUAUUUAAAUUCUCUAAGUUUCCCUGUGUUAUACGUUUGAAAAAAUAAGAUAGCAAGGAUGGAUGGACCCACAACUUGCAAUAAAAUAGUUCUUCUGAUGCAGCAGAGCAGGUUGAAAUCACAAAUGUGUUGAAAAGUUUUUUGCACACUUUAAAGUAAUAGCUUUAUCACCAGGCUGUUUCCUCUUAAUUGGAGUGACUAGAGAAAUUUGGCUCUGAACAGAAGGACAAUUUGCAGUUUGAGAUACACAUAGGGGGUUCAUUAGAUUCCAGAGCCUGGGAAAGUAGUUUUCAAUCAUAGCAAUCCUAGAAAAAUGCAAAGAAUCUUCAAAUAGUGAAUACAGGCAAAGAAAAACUGGAACUAAGGCUUCCAACAUGGUGUUCUCUAAGGCUUCCCUUAAAAUAUUUCACUUCCCUUUCAGCAGCCUACCAUCUUAACCCUUUUGGAAAAUUCCCUCAGGCUAACACAUCAGUGUGUGGUAUUAUGGCUAGACAAGUGCAGAGACAGAACCCAUAGGACCUGAACAUCAUUAAUGUCUGUGAAUGUGACAUUCCAUUGUUGCACCCAUAACCUAGGUUUAAGGUGACAUUUAGCUCCUAGCUUUCAUACCUCAGUUUGGCUGAGGGGCUAGUGAGGUGACAACUAACUCUUAUGUUUGUUUGUACCAACAAGAAAUUAUCUUAAUUGUUAAGAAAAUUGUAGUGCCAAUUUGUCCAUCAGCAAGACUUAUCUCUGCCUUCAGCACGCAAGCAGCUCCCUAAACGUAAAGCAGAGGAAGAAGUCAGUAACCAUGAUAGCAUCCAGCAGGAACAUUGUACCAAAAGAUGGAAAGGAGAUGAUGAGGAUGGAGAGGGUGAGUACUUUCUGAUGCCUGGUUGGAAGGCUGAAGAAAGGUACAAGGUGAUAUCCAGAUAUCCAGACUGAACCUUCUUUGAAUUCUGUUAGACCUUGUCUUCUCCUUCUUGUGUAGGCACAAAAGGGGAGCCAGAUGAGGAGUCCAUCAAGACAGAAGAAAUGAAAGAUGAUAAUUCAGAACUGGUGCAGGUAAAAAUUGAGGUAGAUGCAGAGGAAGAGACAACAGCAGCACCCCCUAAGCCAUCCAGCAAGCCCAUCUCUAAUUUUUUUGGUGAGCAUAUGGUAGAUGCAAAUAUUCAUGCUCAAAUGAUAGUACUUCUAUUAGAUCCCCACUGAGAAUGUUGUGUGGGAAUGUAUCCUUCUUGUGUAGGUACAAAAGGGGAGCCAGAUGAGGAGUCCAUCAAGACAGAAGAAGUGAAAGAUGAUGAUUCAGAACUGGUGCAGGUAAAAAUUGAGGUAGAUGCAGAGGAAGAGACAACACCAGCACCCCCUAAGCCAUCCAGCAAGCCCAUCUCUAAUUUUUUUGGUGAGUAUAUGGUAGAUGGAAAUAUUCAUGCUCAAAUGAUAGUACUUCUAUUAGAUCCCCACUGAGAAUGUUGUGUGGGAAUAUAUCCAUGGCCCCAUUUAGAAACCACUAUAUGAUGAGAGUUUUGGAUUCUUGAAAAUAAAGGAUUUUUUAAAAAAAUAUAGUCAGAAUGGUUGUGAAAGGAAAUUUGAAAGGGAUUGGCAAAGAGCUUUGUGUGGAAGAAAGAAUACCUUCUACACCAGUACUGUACUGCAUAACACGGAGAUAACAGAUGCCAGGAGGUUUGUGGGUCUCCCUCUGAAGACUGUUUGGAAACUUCAGCUGGUGCAGAAUUCAGUGGCCAGGUUGCUCACUGGGGCAAGAUGGUCUGAGCAUGUAACACCAAUCCUGGUCCUACUGCACUAGCUGCUAUUAGCUUCUGGACCUAAUUCAAAAUACUACUCAGGACCACAAUACCUCAAGGUCUGCCUCCCCAUAUGAACCAACCCAGACCCUGCACACUUCAUCUGAGGCCCUUCUUCAUGUGCCGCCUCUGCAAGAAGUCCAGAGGUCAGCAACACAAAAACGGGCAUUUUCUGCAGUGGCUCCUCAUUUGUGGAAUGCUCUAUCCAGUGAGGCUCACCUGGCCCUAUCAUUAUACGUCUUUAGGUGACAGGCAAAAACUUCCCUUUAUAACCAGGCCUUUUUUACUUUUAACUAUUUGUGGUCUUUUUAGAAGUGAAUGGGAUGUUUUUAAUGUAUUCCUCUUUCAUCUUGAUUUUAAUGUAUCUAUGUGGGGUUUAUUGUCUGUUUGUUUGAUUGAUUGGAAGUUGCUUUGGAUUGCCCUGGGCAAGAUAAAGCAACUGACAAAUUUAAUAAAAUAAAAAAGGAAAAUGAAAAAUAAGAAGUGAUUCUGAAAUCUCACUGUUGAUAGCCCAAGAAGGGGCUAAGAGUCUGGCCUACUGCAGAAUGCUUCCAAAGUCUUAGACUUGGUUCCAGUACCUCCUAAGUUUGUGGUAAUUCUCAUAGAUUAAUCAGUACUCCAAAAUAGUUGUUCUACCUAUGGAGGGAAACUGCCACAUUUGUCUCAUUUCUGCCUUAUAGCCCCUCGGAAAGCCUCUGUGAAGACAGAGAAAAAAGAAGUGCCGGUGAUAGGAGGAAGCAUGUCUGCACCAAAGAGCCUUAAUGGCCAUGAAUCCAAUAGCAAAGCUGACUGGCAAGUGAUCAGUGCCAUUUGAGGCACUAUAUUUCUUUUGUGUUACCACCAGGUUAGGACUCUAGAGUAGCAUGCAGGAAUUCAUACAAUUGCCAGCCACUCUGAAUGGAAGCAAGCUAGUUUUUGCUCACUUGGGAGAGUUGAUUGGAGGGAAAACCAAAGGUAAUGGUAGCAGCACAGUAAGAGAGACUGUAAAGUGUUUUGUCCACAGAAAAAAAACCACCAUAGAUGAGAAUAAAUUCAAAUAUUUCUGUUUUGGACUGUUCUGGGAGCCCCACAAUUGUACAUGUUAUGUUUGUUAUUUCUAACAACAGUAAUGAUGGUGGUAAGAAGUUAGGGCUGGCAGACAGUGCCUUGACAAACUUUGAACUUUCUCUUUCACUGUUUGUAUAGAAGAAUUGGUCUAUGUUUCUGCUCAUUCCCAAGUAAGGAAUCCCACCACAAUCCCCCUUCAUUCUUACCCAUCUUCUCUCCUGCAUAAACUAGGCAUACUUUGAGAAUCUCCUUGUCCAAGGAGACACUUGAAUUGAUGGUUGUGGUCAGUGCUUUCCCCCCCUAGAAAAAUAGGUACUGGUACUCGCCAUGAAGCUGUUAAAGUAAGUGUCACUUUUUAACAAAAAAAAGAGAGGUGCCGGUAAUGUGUACCCUUGAGUACUCCCUGAAAAAAAAGCACUGGUUGUGGUCAUUAUUGGCCCCAUCAUUCACUUGAUGAGUUGCUAAUUUAACUUAGUUGUCUUCUCUGUUCCUUGUCACAUUUGUGAAGGCUAUCCCUAGAGCUUUGAUUAGCUUAGUACUGAUUAUAAGAAAAAGCUAGUAACUCCAAUCCCAGACUGGGUAAAGAAUGCCUGGGGAAAUAAUAUGUGUUGAUCUGGGUCUUGGCUGGCUUUGUGGGAAGAGUUGAGGUUACUAAUAUUUCUCAAGGUGCCAUUGAAUUCCACACCCUCAAGUAGUCUAGUCACAUGUGGGGUCUAAAAUGGUUUUGACUAUAUUAUUUUUAUCUUCUUCUAACUAAUGUGUAUUGAGUAAUGCUAGAAAGUUUCAGCUCUUGUCAGUGCUAGUUUGUCUAAAUAAGAUGACCAACUUUGAACCAUUUUGGAUCCUAUCAGUCUAUCUUUAGGAGAGGUCUAUAAAUAACCACUUGCUUGUGCUGAGCCAAAAAUUAGCAUCAGGAGAUGGAGAGUUAUUGUAAACAAAGUAACAGUGGAUUAUGCAUGUGCAGGUGAACUAAUUUAUUUUAAGAGAAAAAGGUUAAUAGUUUGAAACCUUUGUGGACUUAUUUGCUAAGUUGCCUGAACACAUACAUGACGAUCACAGUCAAACUGCAUGCCUACUUCCUACUUUUAUAGUUCUGCCAAGCCAUCUCUUACACUUGAGCCUACAAAUUACAACCCAAUGAAGGGAAAUUAUCAUCCUGUAAACGAUGCUUGUUGGGGCCCUGGCCAGAGGUAAGUGCUGUUGGAGUGGGGGCCUUUUUUGUGUGACAGAAGGCUGUUAGUCUCAACCCUUGUUUCCAUAGUCUACCUUCAUACACCCCUUAUAAUCCAAGAACCAGAGAGCAUAGAUUACAAGUGGCUAACCUGUGACCCCCAGAUGUUGUUGGACUCCCAACUCCCAUCAACUCCAGGCAGCAUGGCCUAUAGUCAGAGAAGAUGGCAGGCCAGCAACAUCAGGAAGGCUAAAGAUUAGCCAUCCUGUUUGGAUUAUCUGUUUUCAUGUUAGCCACAUUCAUGCUUGACCAUAGAAUCAUAGUGCUGAAAAUUACUGCAUUGAUCAUCUAAUCCAAUUCCUACCCUGAGGUCAGAUUCUAAACGGUCCAAAAAAGCACUCUUGUCAUUGGUUUGUCGCUCCAUGUUGGGGUGCUUUGCUUUGGUUGGAGGGAGAAAGUGGCUUUCUUCUAUGGUGUAUCUUGGUUUACUUGUUUCAGUCAAUGCAGAAGGCGGAUGGACUUUUUGGUAUGGCUUAAGGCUUUUUAAUACUCACAUUCUAUGACCACAGCCCUUGCCAGGCAAUGUAAAAGGUACAAGAAAGCAGCAACUGACUCUGUUGCCUGGUCCUUAUUUAGCUACAUGGCUCUGAACCAGUGUCAUGUCCUCAUUCCUCUGACAGGGUACCAUACCUGGCAGUAGCUCGUACCUUUGAGAAGAUUGAGGAGGAAUCUGCCCGGUAAGGUCACUUUCUAGAAUUCAUGGGAUGAAUGGGGCUAGCAUUUUAUCUGACCACAAGCUGUUCUAACACGCUUCUGAUCUAUGUUGCCAGGUUGAAAAUUAUAGAGACCCUGAGCAAUCUUUUCCGCUCUGUGAUUGCUCUGUCUCCAGAGGACUUGCUGCCCUGUGUCUACCUCUGUCUCAACCGGUUAGGCCCAGCAUAUGAGGGCCUAGAGUUGGGCAUUGGUAAAACCAUCCUCAUGAAAGCUUUGGCUCAGGCCACAGGUGAGUUUGCCCAGUUACAGUUACUGCUAAUCUCCAGGCAUUCAGCACCAAUGUAGUAAUGGCUGCCUCUGUCCUUAUCUAAAUGAUGAGACUGUCAGGAAUUCAUAAGAAAUUGGUGAUUGAGCUAGACCAUGGUGUUCAUGAUCAUCCUUCCUUCUGUAGGUCGUAAUUUGGACCAGAUCAAGGCAGAAGCAGCAGAAAAGGGAGACCUGGGUUUGGUUGCUGAGAGUAGCCGCACUACACAGGGUACCAUGUUUGCCCCACCCAAGCUUGAUGCUGCUUUUGUCUUUGGCAAACUUCAGGCCAUUGGGCGCAUGACAGGAAGCUCUGUAAGUAAUGGAUGAUUAGGCACGGAUGGUCAGGGACAAGCGUCAAGAGAAAGCAUUGGGUUAUCUGGGGAAGGGGCAAGAUUGAGGUCAGGUUAAGCCUAAAGCAGAGACUUAGAACCUCCAGCACAUGGGUCUAAUUUGGCCUGCUAUCCCCUUUUUUGUCAAGCCACACUCAUCUGUGGAGCAUGUAAAGACCUGGCUUAGCCAAAGGAGGUUUGCUAUGGUUUGUGCAAUAGGCUUUGCAAGACCUGACCACCAGUGAAACACUUCGAAAGGAGCUUUGCAACCAGUGCACUUGCCUGCACAGUUGGAUUUGAAACUGCAGGCAAAAAAGAUCAGCUGAUGUUAUAACACCAGAUGAUUGACAGGUGGACCAUCCUUUCCACCUACCAAAUUUGUGUUACACAGUGGAGAGAUAUAAUAAUUCUGGCCCACCAUCCAAAUCUAGUUCACCAUCCCCAAAGCGUUUCUCCUCUAAUGUGCAUUUGGUACAGCAUAUCUGAUGUGAUAUUUUCCAAGAAAGCACAGAUAAUGCUGUGCUAAAGGAGUAUACAUGUGUGGUACGAGGGCUCUCAAAUAGUACAAGGAUUCUAAAGCAGAGGGUUUUUCUCUGUACUUUUAGAUUGGGCUGUUCUUUUACUACAAAUCAUACAAAGGAUAGGCUACAGAGUCCCCAAGGGAACAUAGCUAUAAGCUAAUAUCUGGGAGGGGAGUUGUAAAAGCAUUAAAUUGAACACAAUUUUUGUGAGCUUGCUAUCUUCAUUCAUUCAUUUAAAAGCAUUUCUAAGCUACUUAAUAUUUAAAAAUCUGUAAGCAGUAUACAAAAAUAGCAUAAAAACAAUUAAAAGCAGUAAAACAGCAUUAUAAAAAGAGGAGCAGUUAAACACAGGUAUUCAGAAACAUCAGGGUCCAUUCUUUCAGGUCAGUGAAAGCUGGGCAAAAAUACAUGUCUUCACAUGAUGUCUGAAGCAACCAAGAUAUAUGCUUCAUGUAUGGCAGAGGAAUGGGGAUUCCACUGUAUUUCAUUAUAUAACACUAAAAAGAGUUCCUGAAGUAUGUGCCAGGUUGCCCUUCCCUCCAGAUGCAUCUCAACAUUAACUCCUAUUUGUGCCCCUUUCAGUCAAUGAACAAGAAGAUUGACAUUAUCAAGACUUUGUUUGUUGCUUGCCGCUAUUCAGAGGCUCGCUACGUUGCUCGGUGAGUGAGAUAUAUCUUCCUCUAGUGUGCCUCCUCUCAUAUCCUCACUUUAGCACCUCCAUACUGCACCCCUGUAACAUUCUGUUCCCUAAAACUAUACUGUAAGUUAUUUCUUCCACUCCUAUCUUACCCGUUGGUUUAUUGUUGCCACACACCACCCUAUUUCUCAAUCCCCACUCCUAAUAUCCCUGCUUCCAACAAACACAGACCCAUUCACACAGAGUUCUCUUAGAGUUCUCCUAGAGCCCUCAAUGCCAGCCUUGUAAUGUUACAAUUGGGGUUUUUUUCUUGUAUCACAGGUCACUAGAAGGAAAACUGAGGAUUGGGUUAGCAGAGCAGUCUGUCCUGUCUGCUCUGGCCCAGGCAGCAUCACUCACUCCUCCAGGACAAAGUGAGUUCAGGAUACAGUACAGCAGUGAGGGUUGGAGCUGUGUUGUGUUGCAGCUGGGAAUAGUUAGUGUCCAAUGUCAAGCAUUUGGAUGUUGCAUGUAGGGAAUUUGGUGCCAUCCACAGGACAAGAGUAUUGUGUAUUUUGCAAUUGGUCAGAAUUAAAUGCAAAUAAAUGGGUAUCUUAUUUCCAAAGAUGAGAUUUUGUAAGAAUGUGGAAUUUGAAGCUUUGAGACAUGGAGGAGAAGGAAUAGGAGAAAGACAAAAAGUUGGGCUGUGGUAGCCAUGAAUGAUACGGAACGUUGCAAUAUAUUUAAGCACGCUCAGCUUCCCUUUGUUUCCUGAUCUGUUUCCAGAUACUGUCUAUGUAUAAAAACUUCCUUGUUAUCUCGCAAGCUUAAGGGUUAGGAAUUAAAAUUGAAAACUGUGUUUAACAGAUUCUGUAUUUUUCAUAGUGAAAUCAUAAACAAAAAGGCACAUCCCAGCUAUAGGGACCUUAGCAGUUUAUAUGUGAGCCACUAGGAAUAGAUAUAUUUCUUCCCUCUAUAGAAUUUCCCCCAGGAGUUUUGGAUGCUUCAAAGGGCAAGUCUGCAGAAGUGCGCAAAAACUGGUUGGAUGAGAGAGCAUUGAUUAUUAAACAGGCCUUCUGGUAAGUAACAUUGUGCUUAAUGUUCAGACCCAAUUGUUUUUCAUCUGUCCCUAGUUCUCUGUCUUCAGAGACUGAAUUAGCUAAAGUUUCAAAGAGCAAUGGGACCUCAGGGAAUAUCAGAUCUUUUUGCUCUCAGCCACGUGUAUGUGGGCCUUUCCAGUCUAAAAUAAAUAAGUGUAUCCAUUCUGGGCUGAUAAGAAUAACCAUGUGUGGUAAAAUAGUAAUCGUGGGCACUGUUAAUCUGCUAGUUUGCAUUUUAUGUGUAAACUCAGCCUACCCCACAAAAUGCCUAAAUGCACUCCUUGUUCUGGGGAGGGAAGGGGAGAGGGUUGCUCUUAUUGUAUUGUAAUCAGAUUGGAGUGCAAAUUAUCAAAUUAGUAAUAAAAUGUGCGUUUUUCUCACGUUAGCCUUUCUUUCCUACAACCUGGAGCCUGAUAGAACUUUCUGCAAGAGCAAAUACAUGCCAGAGAAGACAUACAUAGCCAUAGGGAGUGCUGCAUGAGUAGCGCUGGCUUCUGAAUCAGCAGCCUAGCGCUGCAAGCAGUACUACUCUUUUGCAAGACCUUGGCUUGGAACCAAAGCCUUAGCAGAAAUCUUAAGUCAUUCUGGUUUACUUUGUUUUCAGUGAGCUGCCAAAUUAUGAUACUAUUGUGCCUGUCCUUCUGGAACAUGGUGUGGAGAGUCUGCCUCAUCACUGCAAGAUCACACCAGGUACCUAGAACAUUUAUCUUGUGUGUGGAAGGAAAUUUAAUGUAUUGCUUUCAGCAGAGUGUUUACCUCUUUUCCAGAAUUAUUUAUUCUCCUACAAGGAAGAGGGAAUCUUCUGAUGGGUUGGUCCUCCCUCUCACACCAAUAUGCAGGGCUAUUCAAAUUAGCUGCAAUACAAGGGAGAAAGUCCCUCUCAGUUCUAGUCCUGCCUCUGAUCAGGGUUCUGGCUAGCUCCACCUUUUUUGCUGAUUCUGCCUAGAAUUUUUUUGUCCUUCUCUCAGUUUUCUUCUGAAAACUGUUAACCAGUACAAAACAAAAAUUUCUAAAAAACAUAUGCUUUCAUUUACAGAAACAAAAUAAACCAGUUUCUAAUCCUCUUGGUUGUGGGUGUAUAUUUUAAAACACAGAUGUUGUCUAUAACAACAGUAAGAAGUGAUUCUGUCAUGCAUGACUUCAUGUUUUGGAAUCUCUUAAAUUGGGAACUCCAUACUUAAAUUGGGAAGAAUUAAUAAUAAUAAUAAUAAUAAUAAUAAUAAUAAUAAUAAAUUUAUUACUUAUACCACGCCCAUCCAGCUGGGUGUCCCCAGCCACUCUGGGUGGUUCCCAACAGAUUAAAAACAGAAUAAAACAUCAAACAUUAAAAGCUUCCCUAAAUAGGGCUGCCUUCAGAUGUCUUCUAAAAGUCAGAUAAUUGUUUAUUUCCUUGACAUCUGAUGGAAGGGCGUUCCACAAGGUGGGUGCCAUCACCGAGAAGGCCCUCUGCCUGGUUCCCUACAUCUUUCAGUGAGGGAACCACCAGAAGGCCCUUGGAGCUGGACCUCAGUGUCUGGGCAGAACAUUGAGGGUGGAGACGCUCCUUCGGGUAUACUGGGCUGAGGCUAUAUUAAUAGGGGGGGAAAUGUUGAGCUUCCCUUGCCCCUUCUCCAUUACCAUCAUAUGUUUCCUGAAUCCUGUUCUUUUCCAUACAGGGAUCUCUGUCACUUUCCCUUCCAAUGACUUGCUGAUUAAACUGUUGUUGCAAAUCUCAGCUUGUGUACUUUCCCCACAGGGAUUCCACUGAAGCCCAUGCUGGCUCACCCAACAAGGGGAAUUGGGGAGAUAUUAAAGCGAUUUGAAGAGGCAGCUUUCACCUGUGAAUACAAAUACGAUGGGGAGCGAGCACAGGUAAGGAUGCUAAGGAUGCAUGGUGUAAGGCCAAAAAGGGGAAUCCACCCCCAUCCCUUUUCAAUUUGUAGCUCAAGCUCAACUGUUUCGUUUCUCACAGAUACACAUCCUGGAGAAUGGAGAAGUGCACGUCUAUAGCCGGAACCAAGAGAACAACACAACAAAGUACCCCGACAUUGUCAGCCGUAUCCCCAAGGUGCAGCAACAUUUAGAAGUAUGGGAUGAAGGGAGUGCAUAACUAGGAGGGAACAGAAUGUGGUGGAGGCUUGCUAACACAGGGUCAUCUCUAUAGCUACUGGGUCUCAAAAGGGUAGCCAAGCUAAAUCCACUCCCUUGUUCAGGUAAAAAGGAGCACUGUGCAAUCAUGCAUUUUGGAUGCAGAAGCUGUUGCCUGGGAUCCUGAUUCCAAACAGAUCCAGCCAUUCCAGGUACUCACCACCCGCAAGCGCAAGGUAAGUGGCCUCUGCUGGAUUGUUUUACAAAAAUAUUAAUCGGGUAUGGUGCACACCAUAGUUAUAAUGAGGUGGAUUAUGUUUGGAUUGGGGAAGGAGGGUAUUGCAUGUGGGUGUUAUGGCUUUGGGAAUAAGAGUACCUUCCAUGAAUAAAUUGUGCGGCAUAUGGAAAGAUUUCUCUUCUAGCAUCUGUUAGUUGGGGUGUGCAAGAGACGUGAGGAAAAAUAAAACCAAUAAGCAGAAACAUUUCAAAGAAAUUUUCCUGUGGAAAUUUGUACUUCCCCUUUUCUCUGACUGCACCUUUAUUCUCCAGGAUGUAGAGGCCACAGAGAUCCGAGUGCAGGUUUGUGUGUAUGCAUUCGACAUGCUCUUCCUUAAUGGACAGGUAAGUGUAUCCAGUAUGACCUGGAUCUUUGGUGCUUUCAGUCAUUUGUUUUCCUGAUGCCCUGCUUUAGGCCUUCCUCACCCCACUGGAGUCCCUGUUCUGUAUCUGCCUUUCAAAAUGCGUAAUUGUGCAUCUUUCCAGUCUCUAGUCCGGAAACCCCUAUCUGAGCGCCGGGCUUUGCUUCAUGAUUCCUUCAAUGAAGUUGAAGGCCAGUUCCUGUUUGCAACCUCCAUGGACACUAGUAACACUGAUGAGAUAGCAGACUUCCUCGAAUGCUCCAUCAAAGGUAUUGUGGGGAUAGUGGUGGCUCAUUGUUCUCCUUGCCACUGUAUUAUUUCACAUAAGAAGCUCUAGACUCCUGGGGAGCCCCCCAAAAUAAGAGCCAGUGUGCAGUCAUGGGUAGGAGACCCAGGUUUAAUUCUGUGCUUAACAUGAAGCUCACUGAGUGACCUUGAGCAUGUCCCUCUUUCAGCCUAACCUAUUUUAUAGUAUUGUGAGGAUAAUGGGGGAACCAUGUGGACAGCUUAAAGCUCCUUAACAAAAGGAGCAGGAUAAAUAAAUGUGCCAUAGAGGUUGGGAUAAUAAGGAUGGUUUGUCUCCCUCAGACUCAUGCGAGGGGCUGAUGGUGAAAACGUUGGAAGUGGAUGCCACAUACGAAAUUGCAAAGAGAUCUCACAACUGGCUGAAGGUGAGAACAGAAUCGCAGUCCAGCUUGUAGUGCCACCUGGCAAAAGAAAGUCUGCUUUAACUCGACUGACCUGAGGCAGAAGUGAAGAUUCUGCCCCCUUCCUUUCCCAAAUUGGCUGUGCUCUUGUUGGAGGGAGGAGGGCAUCUUAUUUAUUUUCCUCCUUGCUUCUUCAUUUGAAUAAAAUGUCCUUAUGGAAUGCUGACAAUGAUAUUAUAAGCAAAAAUUCAUAAAAGCAACGUUAUAUACCUCAAAUUCAGAAUCAAAAUUUGCAUCAUUUGAAAGUUCUAGACAAAGAUACAAGUUCAGCCCAUAUGCCUGAACAGACAAGUUGCUCCACUUAGUAACUCUGUUUUCCAUACCAGCUUAAGAAAGAUUAUCUGGAGGGUGUUGGCGACACCUUGGACCUUGUGGUGAUCGGUGCCUAUCUGGGCAAGGGCAAACGUGCAGGCGUAUAUGGUUGUUUCCUCUUGGCUUGCUAUGAUGAGUAUAGCGAGGAGUUCCAGAGCAUCUGCAAGGUAAGGCAUUCCCAGGACCACCCAACUGUUAAGGACACUUGGCUUAGUGGUGCCCUGUAGCAUCAAGUGCACCUGGCCCGAUACUUUAAAAAGUACUUUUGUUUGUUGCCGUUUUAUAAGUUAAAAGGCAGGAGGGUAGAUGAAAGUAGUCUGAGAAGUAAACUGAAUGGGUCUUGCACUUCCCACAUCAUGUCCAGUGCAUGGGUUUGCCAGCUCUGCAAGGCAACACUUCCCUAACAGCCAUGUUUCCCCUCUACUCUCAGAUAGGCUGUGGAUUCACAGAUUAUGACCUAGAAGAAUUCCACACCUCUCUCAAGGUAGGAGCUUUUUUCUGCUCUGACAAACUAUCCUCCUGUAUGUCCCUCCAUGCUUGGAUACAGAAGAAAUUCUCAUUCCCCCCACCCCCACCUUAUCGCUUUACAAGGAAUUUCUAUUUAUGUGGAGUUAGGAGUGGCAAAGAAGGGAGCCCAUCCUCCUUGGAUCUGGCCUUCUGCCCUAGUCAACUAUUUCUUGAUUUAUAGGGGAGAAACGCCAGUGUUCUGGGUCCUAUGCCUAGAGAGUCUUAGUGGACACCCAACCCUCAGCUAUAAGUAGAGCCCAGAGGAAGAUUGUGCAAACUCCUCUGGACUAGUCCAUACAAAUACUACUUAUUCUAGUCUCUAUAUUGCAGGACUAUGUGAUUCCACAGCCACGACCCUACUAUCGCUGGGGUGGAACAGCUGAGCCUGACCACUGGCUAGAGGCUCAGCAUGUCUGGGAGGUGAGGUGUGCUGACUUAUCCAUUUCUCCAGUCCACAAAGCAGCAGCUGGUUUGGUGAGUGAUUGAAGGGCCAUUGGUGAGAGAUCGUAUGUAUGAUAAUUCUACACUAAACCUCUCAAAACUAUCCGUAGGACAGGCUUAGAUGCAUAUACUUCACUUACCUGCUUUUUGUUCCUGAACUGUCCCACCCUGGAAUAAAUUUGUAUGAAGGGCAGUACACACAUACCUAUUUUUUGUUCACAUUAAUCAUUCUGAUUAGAUACAUUGGCUAGAAAUUGGCUAGAACUCCAGAUAACAUAUUUUGGGGGAAACUGCCUUGUACAAAUAAGGCACUAAACUUCUGACCAGCAAGUCCUUCCACUGCAGGUUGAUGAAGAAAAGGGCAUCUCCCUCCGCUUUCCCAGAUUCGUACGCAUCCGUGAUGAUAAGAAACCAGAGGAAGCCACUGCCAGUACUCAGGUACAGUGAUGGGAGGAUACAUAUGUAUGGGAUUGUAGUCUAUGGGUCUAUUAGUCAUUGUCUGUUUGCAGACUGUGCAGAGCCAUCUCUUCCUUUUACUACUCUAGUAUUCAAUUUCUAUAGACCGGCUAAGAAGCGGGUGAGGAGGGAGAAGGGAUCAUCUUCAGGUUUUCUUGACAGAUAUGUGACAUGCAAGAGAUUGGCCUCGUUUUUCUUUGGAAACAUAUUCAGUGGUACCUCGGGUUAAGAACUUAACCUGAAACUGUUCAUAACCUGAGGUACCACUUUAGCUAAUGGGGCCUCCUGCUGCUGCUGCACGAUUUGGGUUCUCAUCCUGAAGCAAAGUUCUUAACCCAAGGUACUAUUUCUGGGUUAGCAGAGUCUGUAACCUGAAACGUCUGUAACCCGAGGUACCACUGUACAAUUUGGGACAAUAAGGAACCAGCUCCCUCCAGAGAUCUAAAGGUUUAGGAACACUGGGCAGUAUUCGAACACAUUCCUUCAGCACAAGGAAUUCUGCUUGCACAAUAGGACUUCCUCCCUCUCCUCCCCACUAUGUGCCCCAUGUCCUCCCCAGAGAAUUAGGAGAACCCCCUAGAACUGAAUUAGGGUGAAUGUUCCAUUGUGCAAACAGAAAUCCUUGCGCUGACAGAAUGUUCUCCAUAGUGCUAUGUUGGAUUCCACCCACUGAAACUGUAGAUAAGGACUAGGUAGCAGUGUGCAGGGUUACUAUGGUGAAUGGCAAUGGAAAAUGGACAGCUUUCCAUAAUAUUUCUCUGGCUGCAGGUGGCUGAGUUGUACCGGAAACAGCAGCAGAUUCUGAAUCAGCAAUCAGUGGAAAAAGGAGAUGAUGAUUUCUACUAAUCCUAUUCAUCUGAUUGUGAAAGGGUUUUUGCUGAACCCCUCUUGGAGUCAAGGUAGAACCUUGGUGCCCUCUUCAGACUUUAUCUAAUGAAUGUACCCCACCCAAUCUGUGGUGCUGUGGUAGAGAUACAAUGAGGCAUGUUCUGAUAAGGCCCUGCUGCUUUCCCUGCGCUUGCCCAAAUGCAGGCAUAUGUUGAGUUGAUGAUGGUCUGUUAAUAAACCCUUGUAUUUUUUGGUAA